AUGAAGACCGCAGCUGUUCUCUCCGCCAUCACGGCCGUAGCCAGUGCCCAUGCCACUUGGCAGCAACUUUGGAAGAACGGCAAAGAUCUCGAGAGCACCUGCGCCAGGCUGCCCCCGUCGAACAGCCCUGUCGAGAGCUACACAGGCACCGCCCUGCAAUGCAAUGUCAACCCUGCUGCUGCUCAGGGCAAGUGUGACUUCGAGGCUGGCGACACAGUGACUAUCGAGAUGCACCAACACAACUCCCGUGACUGUACCGAGCAGGCUAUCGGAGGUGCACACUGGGGACCCGUUCUCGCAUACAUGUCCAAGGUUGAGGAUGCCUCCACUGCCGACGGCUCAAGCGAGUUCUUCAAGGUCUACCAGAACACCUGGGCCAAGAACCCUGCGGCUACCCAGGGAGACAACGACUUCUGGGGCACCAAGGACCUAAACUACAACUGCGGAAAGCUGGACUUCACCAUUCCCAAGGACAUCGCUCCGGGUGACUACCUCCUUCGUGCUGAGGCCAUUGCUCUCCACGCUGCUGGCCCUUCCGGUGGUGCCCAGCAUUACAUGACCUGCUACCAGCUUACCGUUACUGGAAGCGGUACUCUCGAGCCCAAGGGUGUUAAAUUCCCCGAGGCCUACAUCGCGAGUGGUCCCGGCCUUGGCUUCUCUAUUCACGCCGAUCUCGACUCGUACCCCGCUCCUGGCCCUGCUCUCAUCGCUAGCGGUACUGAGGCUAAGCCCCAGCUCCUUGACUUUGGCAAAAUCUCCGGCGCACCGGCCGCUCCCGCUCCUGGCAGCGCUUCCAAGACAUCCGCGGCUUCCACCGUUGCCCCAUCUUCCACCAGUGCCGCUGUCGAGGCUGCGCCUUCUUCUGCCACCCCAGCCGAGGCUUCUUCUUCUCCAGCUGCCACAUCUGCUAUGUCUACAUCGGAGCCUGCCCCAAUCUCGUCCGAGGUUGCCCCUACCCAAACGCCUCAGCUUUCCAGCGUUGCUCCAUACCCAGUCGCCAACAGCACUUCAACCAUGCUCCCUGGUACCGCAACCCUCUCGACCAUGAUCACCGCCGUCCGUCCCAGUGCUACAUCUGAGCCCUCGGGUCCCAUCAAGGAAUACUACCAGUGCGGCGGCAUCAACUACAAGGGCGCUGGACAGUGUGCUAGUGGUCUCGAGUGCAAGCAGUGGAACCCCUACUACUUCCAAUGCGUUAAGCCUGAAGCCAACCAACCCGGUCCCAGCAAGGGCCCCAUGCCUUCGCCUUCUCCCGUUGCGCCCAAGCCCACUCCUUCUCCUGAGGCUCCCGCAUCUACAUCUACUGCCCCAGUUGCUGCUGAGCCUGUGUCUGCUACUCCUGUUGCCAUCCAGCCCUCGUACCCUGCAGCUUCUCCUGCGCCCAUUGCCGGUGUCCCUGCCUCUGGUAAGCCUUCCUCUGGCAAACCUUCCUCUGGCAAGCCUUCCUCUAGUGCCCCUGCCUCUGGUGCGCCUUCCUCUGGUUCGCCAGGUGCCGGUGCCGGUGAGAAGAAGUACACCCUCGAAACCUUCAUUGCUAUGCUUGAGAAGGAAGCUGGUAGCGAGACCGCUGCUAAGAUGCGCCGCAUGAUUGAUGCUCUCUUGUGA